GCGGACACGUGACCGCGCCAAUGCGCAGGGGCGGCCGAGGAUGGAUGUCGACGUUGCGAGCGCAGUGUUUUCACGGCGAUAAUUUUCACGUGACAGCUCGUGGAAGUGCGCGGGAAACCUGGCGUUAUGACGGUGUGAGACCCGCGGCAUCACGCACGUUUCGACGCAGGCACCACUCGCGACGCACCGCAUUCGCGCGCCCCGCCAAAAUGCCGGAUAGGGAGGAGGAGAACUUUUGCAAGAAAAUGACAAAAGCUACCAGGGGAAUACACGCAGUCAGCGAUGCCCUGGUGAACGCGAAAUUGGCAUUCGGGUUUCUUGACAAUUCCGUAUGGGCUGAUGGGCUUCUGGUUUUCUACGAGGUCUUUCGCUACCUGGAGGGUGCAAUGAUUAGAUUAAGGAACACUAAAAUUGGAUUGCUUCCACUCAGCGAGCUUCAACGUACAGAAGCUUUCGAGCGUGAUCUUGAUCACUAUUUGGGGAAAGGAUGGAGAAAGAAUUAUAGUCCUAGAGACAGCGUCACUAAAUAUCUGAUGCGUUUGAGAGAAGUGGAAGAUACGGAUCCCACUCUACUAAUGGCAUACAUUUAUCAUCUUUACAUGGGCCUCCUCAGCGGCGGAAUUAUUCUACGCAAAAAACGGCAGAUCGUGCAAAAGAUCUCGCCUUUCAAGACGCCGCCAUCGAGCGACGGCAGUAACGUCACGGACUUUGGACAAAACAGUAUAUUCCAAUUGAAACGCGACUUACGCGAAUCGAUGAACAGAAUCGCGGAAACAUUGGACGAAGACACAAAAAAUAAACUUAUCGAAGAAAGUAAAAUAGUCUUUGAAUUGAAUAACGAAAUUAUCAGAAGUGUGAAAACGGGCAGUCAUGUUUGUGAGAAAAUAUUCUAUUUUAUCGGUCCAGUUCUAUUGGUCAUUUUUGUCUUAAUAACUGUUCUUAAUAUCCUCUACAAAUAUAUUAUAUGUUAAUAAACAUUAAUUUAAUCAACGUUAAUCUAACGUCAAUUUACUUAAAA